CGGCUGUUACUCCGCAAGGCUUCGGGUGUGGUUGUGGCUCGGCCUCCCUGCCCAGCGGGUGCACACGAUGCGGUUGGGCUCCGGGGCCUUCGCCGCCAGUUGCGUAGCAAUUGAAGUGAUCGGGGUCGCGAUCUUCCUUCGGGGAUUCUUCCCGGCCCCUGUUCGUUCCUCUUCCAGGACCGAGCACAGAGCAGAGCCCCCGGCGCCCGAGCCCGUGGCCGGAGCCAGUUCCAACUGGACCAAGCUACCACCACCUCUCUUCAGUAAAGUUGUUAUUGUCCUGAUAGAUGCCUUAAGAGAUGAUUUUGUUUUUGGGUCCAAGGGUGUGGAAUAUAUGCCCUAUACAACAUACCUCGUGGAAAAAGGAGCAUCUCACAGUUUUGUGGCUGAAGCAAAGCCACCCACAGUUACUAUGCCUCGAAUCAAGGCAUUGAUGACAGGCAGCCUCCCUGGCUUUGUCGAUAUCAUCAGGAACCUUAAUUCUCCUGCACUACUGGAAGAUAAUGUGAUAAGACAGGCAAAAGUUGCUGGGAAGAGAAUGAUCUUUUAUGGAGAUGAAACAUGGGUUAAGUUAUUCCCAAAGCAUUUUGUGGAAUAUGAUGGGACAACCUCAUUCUUUGUUUCAGAUUAUACUGAGGUGGAUAAUAAUGUCACAAGACAUUUGGAUAAAGUCUUAAAAAGAGGAGACUGGGACAUGUUAAUCCUGCACUACCUCGGGCUAGACCACAUCGGUCACAUUUCUGGGCCAAACAGCCCCCUGAUUGGACAGAAGCUCAGUGAAAUGGACAGUGUCCUGAUGAAGAUUCAUACCUCACUACUCUCAAAGGAGAGAGAGACUCACUUACCCAGUUUGCUGGUUGUCUGUGGAGACCACGGCAUGUCUGAGACAGGGAGCCACGGGGCCUCUUCCACAGAGGAAGUGAGCACACCUCUGAUCUUAAUCAGCUCCGAAUUUGAAAGAAAACCUGGUGAUAUCCGACACCCAAAGCAUGUCCAACAAACUGACCUGUCUGCAACUCUAGCAAUAGGACUUGGUUUACCAAUUCCCAAAAACAGUGUAGGGAGUCUUUUAUUUCCAGUUGUAGAAAGAAAACCAAUGCGAGAACAACUGAGAUUUUUACACUUAAACACAGUACAGCUUAGCAAACUGUUGCAAGAGAAUGUACCAUCGUAUGAAAAAGAUCCUGGAUUUGAGCAGUUUAAAAUGGCAGAAAGAUUGCAUGGGAACUGGGUCAGAUUGCACUUGGAGGAAAACAAUUCAGACGUCCUGUUUGGCCUGGGGACCAAGGUGCUCAAGCAAUACCUCAGUGCACUGAAGACCCUGAGUCUGUCCCUGAGCACACAAGUGGCCCAGUACGACAUCUACUCAAUGGCAGUAGGGACUGUUGUGGUUUUGGAGGUCCUCACCCUGCUCCUCUUGAGCACUCCACAGGUUCUACACAGAAGGGCUGAGCUGGAUGUUCCUGUGUCAUCUCCUGUGUUUUCUUUGCUUUUUUAUCUGAUGUUCCUGGUUCUUUCGGCCAUUCACGUUGUUGUAUGCACCUCAGCCAAGAGCUCGUGUUACCUCUGCAGCCUGCCGUGGCUGGCUGCAGGGGCCGUGAUGGUGCUGGUUUCCAUGCUGCUCUGUGUGAUUGUGUCUGCUCUUGCCAGGAUGGUCAUGGAUGGCACUCAGCUGAGGAAGAAUGCAGUGCACCCCACCUCAGUGUGGUCAGAGGUGGAUUUCCUUCUUCUGCUGGGUACAGUGGGUCACGUCCUGAGCCUGGGAGCCAGCAGCUUCGUGGAAGAGGAGCACCAGACCUGGUACUUUCUUGUCAACACCCUGUGUCUGGCUCUGAGCCAGGAAACCUUUAGGAGCUACUUUCUGGGAGACAACUGUGAGCCUCAGCAUCACUUCCACAUGGCACAAGGGUGUGAGGGCACUGUCCACACACUGCAGUACAACACAGGCUACGAUGCCCCUGAGCCCAACGGAGAGAAUGCUAAAGCACUUGGAGGCCACAGGCGGUGGGCAGUGCUGGCAAGUCCAUGGCUGGUGCUGGCCUGCUGCCGGCUGCUGCGGUCCCUUAAUCAGACAGGUGUGCAGGGGGCCCACCGGCCUGACUUCGGCCACUGGUUCACCAGCUCUGACCACAAAGUGCAGCUCUCAGUCCUGGCCGCUGUCUCCCUGCUUGUGAUCUUCAUGUUGGUCCAAAGGGGAUGCUCCCCUGUGUCCAAGGUGGCCCUGGCACUUGGGCUGCUGGGUGUCUUCUGCUACAGGGCUGCCAUUGGAAAUGUGCUGUUCCCAUGGCAAUCAGACAAAAAAGGCAUUUCAAAGGGUAUUAUUGAAGCUCGUUUUGUUUAUGUCUUUGUCCUUGGCAUUCUGUUCACGGGCACCAAAGACUUGCUUAAAUCACAAGUCAUUGCUGCAGACUUCAAAAUCAAGACUGUAGGUUUGUGGGAGAUAUAUAGUGGAUUAGUUCUUCUGGCAGCAUUGCUCUUGAGGCCACAUAAUCUUCCAGUGUUAGCUUUUAGUCUCUUGAUUCAGACUGUAAUGACUAAAUUCAUCUGGAAGCCCCUGAGACAUGAUGCAGCUGAGGUCACUGUAAUGCAUUAUUGGUUCGGUCAAGCAUUCUUCUAUUUCCAGGGUAACUCCAACAACAUUGCCACCAUUGAUGUCUCAGCAGGCUUUGUGGGCUUAGAAACUUACAUGGAAGUUCCAGCUGCAUUCCUCACAGUGUUUGGGACAUAUGUGGGACCUGUGCUCUGGGCCAGCCACUUAGCAUACUUCCUGAACUCAGAAACAAGCAGCGGUUCAGCAUUGAGUCGUGCUUGCUUCUGCUAUGCACUGAUUUGUUCUGUCCCAGUUGCCACUUACAUCAUUCUGGUGACAUCCCUGCGCUAUCACUUAUUCAUAUGGAGUGUAUUUUCUCCAAAACUUCUCUAUGAGGGAAUGCAUCUGCUCAUCACGGCUGCCCUCUGUGUGCUAUUCACUGCCACGGACCAGACAACCCACACGAAGUCACGGGUGAAGAUGGACACUGAAAGCUGAUAUGUCCCUGUUUGCAUAAUGGAUUUGAGUAUUGAAAUGUACAUCUGUUUAAAAAAAUCAUUCAGGGGUGUGGGGGAAGGGAAACCUAUGAAGUUGAUGAGUAGCAUCAGCUGCAUUUGGAUUUAGAUUAAAUAGUAAGUAGUUUAAUAAAAGAUCACCUAAAAUACACUAUGUUAUAUUUUCCCUAUUGACAAUCACUCCAGAAACUUCUGAACUUUUAAUUUCUCUGGGUAAAUUAAAAAUAUGUAUGUUUAAAUUGAUGGAAAAAAGGUUCUUGCCUUUGUUCUCAUGUAUGUGAAUCUCAGAGAGCCCAGGAGCCCUUAGCAGGCGCUCUAUCACUUGAACCACACCUCAGCCCAGAUGUUCUGUUUUAAUACGACACGGAAACAACAAAUGGUAGUUUUGGUUUUUUUUUUGAGAUAGUGUUGCUAUGUUGCCCCAGCUGGCUUUAAACUCAUGAUCGUCUUACCUCAGUCUCACUGGUGCUGGGAUUACAAAUAUGCACCACCAUGCCUGACUUCAAAUGGUAGUUCUUACAGAUUAGUUGGACAAAAAGAAAUGAGUGUAUAUAAAACUAGUGAUAUGAGUCAGAACCUUCUUAUUCACAAUUUAAACACAUUUGGGACAUGCCAUAUCUCAAGCCUGUCCCUGAGCUAGUAGAAUUGUACGGUUUGAUAAUGCAUAAUGACUGCCUAAAGGAUCAUCAUUGGGGGAAGCUAGGUGAAGGGGACAUAAAAUUCACUGUGCUAUUUUUGCAAUUUCUUGUGAGUCUUAAAU